AUGGUGGGACUGAGGAACCGCUCGACGUGGGAAGCUCUGCUCCUCAAGGCGUCCUGCAUCAAGUCCUGCGCCAACGGCUGCUCCCUGGGCAUCACCGCGCGUCUCACCUACGCCAAUGCUGAUGUGGAGUCUGUGGAAGGCGUGUUUGUGUACCCUUUGGCGGAGAAGGAGGUGAUCGUUGACUUCGAGGCUGUGAUCGCGGGCCGGCUGCUGGGGGUCCAGAUCGAGAGCCGAGGGAAGCUGAAGGACUGCUGCUUGGACUGCUGCCCCGGGUCUGGUCUUGAUGGCCACUGUGGUCAGGAGUGGGGCUGCUGUGGGAGCUCCGGACACGACCUGCAAUGCACCAACGGGCAUCUCAUUCUGGAUGAAGACCUUGAAAGAACCACCUUCAUCGUGGGCACGGGGCUCAUUGGGCCCAUGGACAUCGUGUCCAUCAUCAUAAGCACCACACUGGAACUCCCCACGCUAGAAAACGGCGCCAUCCGCAUCGUCUACCCCACGUUACUGACUCCCAUCGUCAGCAGCCAGAUGACUCCUAGCAAGAGCGAAAACGGCGGGAAAUCUGAAGAAAGCGGACCCACCAGCUGCUUCGGCGCCGCCUCGGGGAAACCGGACAGAGCCCCCGACUCUGAGCGGCAGUGCGCCCACGCCAUCUUCACCAGGCCGGCCGCCAACCUGGCGCCCUACGAGCUCAGCUUCCAGCUGCUGGUCCGAGGGGCCUGCCUGUUAGCGGGGCUGGAGAGUCCGACUCACGCUCUGAGGGCAGAUGCAGACCCCAGUGCCCAAAGUGCCUCUGCCACCUACAUCACUUUGGCCCAGGAGCACUCGUUUGACCGACACAUCGAGAUCAUCCUGCACCUCAGUGAACCCCACAGCCCGUUGGUCAUCCUGGAGCGAGGCCGCCUCUCGUUCAGCCAGUACGAACGGCUGAUCGGUUCCCGCCGCGACUUCGCCCGCUGCGCUCGCAAAGACUCCGACCCGGAGCGGAAGCAGCUGGAGUUCCUGAGGAAGCGCUACCACAAGGACAUCCUCAGCAGCCCCGUGCUGAUGCUCAACUUCUGCCCGGACCUGCUGAGCGAACCUCUGGAGCUGCACAAGGCCACCAGGGAACUGGUGUUCCUCGUGGAUCGCAGCGGCAGCAUGAGCGGAGCCAACAUUCAUCGCGUGAAGGAAGCCAUGGUGGUGGCACUGAAGAGCCUCCCUUCCCGCACCCUGCUGAACAUCGUGGGCUUCGGGACCACUGUCAAACCCCUCUUCACCUCCAGCAAACUCUGCACUGAUGCGACUCUGAUGCAGGCGUACGACUACGUCCAGCGGAUGCGAGCCGACAUGCGGGGCACCAACCUGCAGGGGGCGCUGUCCUGGGUCUACCAGCAGCCCGUGCAGCGCUCGUUUCCACGCCAGAUCUUCAUCGUGACAGACGGCUCCGUCAGCAACGUGGCCAAAGUGCUGGAGCUGGUGCGCCGAAACACGUGCGGCGGCAGAUGCUUUGGCCUGGGCCUGGGGCCUCGAGCCUGCAGGAGGCUCCUGCAGGGCGUUGUCAAGCUGACAGGAGGGACGACAGAGUUCUUGGAUGAAGAGGAGAGGCUCCAGCCCAAGUUAAUAAAGUCCAUGAAAAAGGCCUUUGAACCCGUGCUCACUGACGUCCGGGUUGACUGGUACCUGCCAGAACACAUGGAGGCGCUUCUUUCACCCAAUGAAAUUCCUCCAAUCUACCCCGGAAACUGCCUCAUUGGAUACUGCACUCUGUAUGAUAUGACAGCCUUCAAAGUGAAACACGCGGAGUCUCAAGGUCAGGGCUAUAAAGGUGUCCACCGCGGCUCCGCGGGCUCGGUUUUCGGCCAGUCCAAUGACGAGCUGUCGCCUCCUCCUGCCGCUGAGCUAAUGCCUGUGGGGACGUGUGCAGAUGGCGCCGACUUGGAGGAGGCUCUGAGAGAGAUCUCCAGGGAAAUCUCCUCGGAGUUCUCCUGUGCCAGAGACACAGACCCCGGCACCAGCCCAGGUGUGGAGCUGGACUGGUCGGCCGACGUGAGGAGGAGAAUCCAGGAGACCUCCUACAUCCAGGAGCAGUAUAUUCUCACCCGCUGCUCGCUCAGCAGUGAGCACAGUCUGCAGACACCGUCCCGCUCGCACGCGCGUGCCCCGUCCAACUCCGACUCUGCCGGUGGCCCGCUUUUGCCCGACCCCAACCCGUCGGACCCGGUCCUGGACACGGGCUCUCUGCCCCAAGGCCUCGAGAAGAUGCCUCCUCCAGAGCAGAGGACAUCCCUGUCUCGCUGGGCGGACUCCACAUGGCAGCAGAGCCUGUCAGCGGAAACUCCCGACAACACAACGAAAAAGAAAGGGCACCUCGGCGGAAGCGAGGAGUCGCGUAGGAGGCAGAGAGCGCUGGCCCGCUCCACCAUGGCGGCCCGCAGCUUCUCGUCUCCCCAGGGGGAGCUGGAGAUGCAUCGCCUGAGGAGAGCCCUGGAGAGGGUCUCCUUCGACCAGACGCUGGGAGGCAGGCUGGACGAGAGCGACGGGGAGACGAAGCCUCCGUCGCGGAGGAGCCUGACUGACUCCAAUGGACUCCUGUUCCCCGCCUCUCCCAUGGACUGGGACGCCUUCGCCGACCCAAACGACCUCUUCGUGGCUGCGCCCCCAGAGGACCCCCCUCCGGGUCAGUGCCGCUCCAUCGUCCACGGCCUGCUGGGCGGCAGGCCCGUGUCCUGGGAGGUCACCGUGGACCUCGGGCACCUGUGGACCCCCGAGGGGCAGGAGACGGCAGGGGGUGAGGGCCGCGAAGGGGACAGACGGGGAGGGGAGCCGUGGGCGGAGAUCAUUCACCAGCUGACCGCUCGCUCGGUGGUGAGGGACUUUGAGAAGACGGCAGAGAAGGAGAGCGACGGUGGGCACGGUUCGGCGAAGCGCUACCGCAUGAAGGCCAUCCAGACCAGCAAGCACUGUAACAUCGUCUGCAUGUACACGGCCUUCACCACCACUGACAGGAACCCCAACAAAGGUUUGCCAGACAACCUGGAUGUCGAAAACACAGCAGUGCAUGCUGGGAGCAGGCAGAGUUCGGGCAGCCGCAGGCAGAGGGCCUAUUCCGUGGGUCUGGGCAGGCGCCGCACCAGCGGCGACAGCGAGGAGGACGCGUGGAACUCCGCAGACAGAGAUGACACUCCUGCCUCACCCUGUAGCCUUACAUCCUGGGACUCUACCUCGGCAACAGCAGGAGCCGCAUGCACUCGUUCACAGAGAUCGAUAGAGAGCAAGUCAAUGGAGAGCUUCUUCGGCACCAGGUUGCCGCUGGGCAGGCUCAGAUCCUCCAUUUCAUCAGGGAAGCAGGUUCCUCUCAAGUCUCACUGCUUGUCUGCCGAGACUGAGAAACAGCCCGAAGCUGAAUCUCCAGAUUAUUUGCCUCUGGUGCGCCUGCAGCUGGCAUCCGGAGCUUUUCUUCUGACAGAGCUGUACUCGGAGUGCGUUCAGAUCACGCUGGACCGCCUGAAGAGAGCGUCCCCCUACAGCCUCCACCGCCGCAGCCUCAGCCCACCUUUCCGCUGCUCGUCUCCCAGCGCCCCGUCCCUGUCCACCUCUGCCAAGCUCCUGGGCGCCGCCAGCCACCACGUCACCUUCUCUCCAUCCUCCUGCUCCCUCAUCAACCCAACCGCGCCUCCGUUCCACCACGCGCCGGACGACAAUCCCCUGAUGCUGGAGCCGAGGCUCCGCAGGAGGCGCCUGUCUGACCGGGUUGACCUCCUCAGCUCCGAGGAGGGCUCCCUGGAGCUGUCUGCCGGCCUUUCUCAGAGCCACGGCCACGGUCAGGCCGACAGCGGCCGCGGGUCCGAGACAGACGUAUGCGACGGCUCAUCCGCAGACCUGGCUGAUGUGCAGGAGAACAGCCACUCCGCUCAGGAGGACCUGGAGGGUUCCAGCUGGGCUACGGCUGUGGCUCUGGCCUGGCUCGAGCACCGCUGUGCCGGCUACUUCAUGGAGUGGGAGCUGGUGGCUGCCAAGGCGGACCUCUGGCUGCGCUGUCAGGACCUGCCCGAGGGAGUGGACCUGGCGGGGCUGAAGGGGGCCGCCCGACAGCUGUUCCUGCUGCUUCGCCACUGGGAUGAGAACAUCAAGCUAAACAUGCUGUGUUACAACCCCAAUAAUAUGUAAGACAAUGAUCUCUGAGGAACCUGAGCCACUCUCACCUAUCAGAGAAGCCUUCACAUGAAGAAGCGAAUCCUGUCAUUGAUUUACAGGGUAGAGUAAUAACAUAGUUCACUCUAGUUCAUUCUAACAAUGUGUUGCACAUGAUUUGUACUGCUUAGAAUGCAUUUCUAUCUAAGACAACCCUUUACAUCACGCUGACCAAGUGGCCUUUUAAUAUAUUUAUGCAAUCACAAGAAUGCCUUGACUACUUUAAUGAGCGUUCUGUAGUGUAGUAUGACAGUUAUUACUUAAUAACCUAGUAACUCAUUGUCAAAUAGAAACUGAUUCAAUUUUCAGGAUGAUUAAGUGAUAAACUACGAGCGAAUACUUUCAAUAAUGACAUUUGUUUGAAACUGAAGUGUGCAAAUUGUGGAUUGUUGUAAUAUGUUAAAAAUACAUGCAAAAAAAAAACAGAGUCUUUUUUUAGUAUAAAUUUGUCCGAGUCGAGUCCAGACAUUUUAUUUUCACAUUAAAUCCACGUUCUUAUGUCUCGAUGAAAGCAGGGUGCCGUUCUUAACAGAGGGUUGACCAGUUAUGUUGGACAUUUAGACGACUGACUACAACAUUACUCAUCUGUGUAAAAUGACACAGCCGCUAAAAAUAUAAAACAUAGAUGUACUGAAAAUACCUCUCAUGAAAAUAUCUAUCACGACAUGCAGAAAUGUCAGAGAAAUGAUAAUAAAUGUCAGCUCUUGGUGCCUGUAGAGAAGAAAAUAGUUCAAAAUUAUGGGCAGUGUAUUAUAUCAUAAUAAAUAAAACACCUCUAUACAGCAA